AUGCGUGCCGCCGUGCGAGAAAUCGGGAAACGCGCCGAGCCAGCACUGACGGCGACAAGUGCCACCGGCUCAGCGGAAAGUCGACCGUCGGUCUUCUUCCUGACUGAUCGCGAGAAAGGCACCCGUUUUCUGGUCGACACUGGGGCAGAAGUGAGCGUUGUGCCGGCGUCGCCAGCCGAUCGCAAAGGCCCGUGUUCGUCACCGUUGCAAGCUGUAAAUAACACGACGAUACCGGCGUACGGGCACCGCUCACUCUCGCUGGACCUGGGCUUCAAGAGGACAUUUCGGUGGAUAUUUGUGGUAGCUGACGUAAAAUUUGCUAUCCUGGGAGCAGACUUCUUGCGUCACUUUGGACUGCUUGUUGAUGUACGCAACCGGCGUAUACAGGAUCCCCUCUCACAAGCAGAAGUGUGCGGAAAGCCGUCUAAGCAUCCGCCUCUCAGCCCUAAACUCGUGAUACCACCGGGCACCGCCCGUUUUACGGCUAUCCUGCGCGAGUUCCCCGAGCUGACGCGGCCGCCACAGACCGGCGGGGUCGUCACACACAAAUGUAUGUCACCAACAUUUCCACCACAGGGCCCCCGGUUUACGCACGCCCACGCCGCCUGUCCCCCCAGAAGCUGCAAGUAG